AUGGCUAAGCAGCAGAAGAUAUACACACAUCCAACGCAGAAGAAAGCCGAUACACCCAAUGUUGAUCUGUUGACCUUGUUGUUUGACACCGAGCUCUCGGUUGCCCAAGAAGAUACCCUUCUCCACCACGCAGCAGACGACCCCAGCAACAAGCUCACCAAAGCCGACCUUCGGGACCUUUGCCAAAGAGUUGCUCACGGACUUCGCCACAACUACGGCAUCGGCGCCAAUGGACCCAACAAGGAUGUUGUGACCGUCAUCUCCUAUGGCCAGAUCCUCGUCCCGGCAGCACUGUAUGGAGUCAUUGGCGCCGGUGGUGUCUACUCCGCCGCGAGUCCAAGUUCAACUGUGGCAGAACUGCACCGACAGGUCGAGAUAGGACAGUCGAGGUUGAUCAUUUGCGGCGAGGAGCACAAGGAUGUCGCUUCGAAAGCUGCGCAGGAAGCCGGUGUACCGUUGGAAAAUGUACUUCUGCUCGACUCGACCGCUGGCUCCUGGUCACUAAAGUCGGUUGCGGGCAAUGUUAACGCCAUGUCUGACCAGAAACUCCCUUGGGCUAGGAUCACCGACCCGCAACAGCUCAAAGACAGCCUCAUCGUCAUUCUCUGGUCUUCGGGAACUACUGGCCUACCCAAGGGAGUCAUGCUCUCGCAUCUUAACCUUGUCGCCGAAACAUACAUCACCUCUCUCUCCAGUCGCGCUUGGGUAGCUAAGGAGAUUGAGAAAGGCACAUUCACACCAAAGCAGCAUUCCACGCUCGCUCACCUGCCCAUCUCACACAUCGCAGGCUUGUUUGGCUACCUCAUUGGGCCUAUAUACGCCGGCGCCACCGUCAUCUGGAUGCGGAAGUACGUUUGGGACGAUAUGGUGAGAUAUCUGAAGCGCUACCGUAUAACAUCCUUUUACACAGUCCCUUCCAUCUGGCUACGCAUCAGCAAGUCUCCGGAAGUCACGCUCGAGGAUCUCAGCGGCCUCGAAGGCGUCGCAACAGGCGCGGCGCCAAUGGAUGGCGUGCUGAUGAAGAACGUCAACUCGAAGGUCGGCAAUGGCAACGAGAAGAUGAUCGGGCAGACGUGGGGCCUGUCAGAGACCACUGGGGCAGUCACGGCGGCGCAGAAGGACGAUCCGAGAGGUGCGGAUGAUACUGGGAGUAUCGGGUACAUUUUGCCUUCGGUGGAGCUGAGAUGUGUAGAUGAUAAUGGAGACGAUGUGGAGGACCCCGAGAAGCAGGAAGGAGAGCUGCUCAUUAGGAGUCCUUUGGUCACGAAUGGCUAUUUCCGGAACGAGAAGGCUACGAAGGAAGCGUUCAUAGACGACUGGUUCUGUAGCGGUGAUGUUGGGGUCCUGAGGAACGGCAAGUUUUAUGUUGUUGAUCGGAAAAAGGAACUACUGAAAUACAAAGGCCUCCAGGUCGCUCCUGCGGAGUUGGAGAACCUGCUGUUCUCGCACGCCCAGAUCAAGGAAGCGGCUGUUGUUGGCCUACCUGCGCCAGAUGACCCAGGCACGGAUCUGCCUAGAGCGUACAUCGUACCCAACGAUCGGUCAAAGAUCAGCGAGGAUGAGGUGAAGGAAUUCGUCAAAUCGAAAUUGGCUCCCUACAAGCAAUUACGAGGUGGCGUGGUGUUUGUGGACGAGAUACCCAAGAAUGCUAUCGGUAAGAUGUUGAGGCGGGAGCUGAGAGAAAGGGCGAAGAAGGAGACCAAUGGUGGGAGGAGUAAGCUAUAA